AUGAAACAGAAGAAAGAAGCCAAGCUCGCCAAGUCGGCCGCGAAUCAAGAGGAGCGACGCGCGCGAGACGAGAAAUUCGCCGCCGAGCAAGCUUCGAAGCGGCGCGAGAGAGACGAACGCGUCGCGAAGGAGAACGCCGCGAACGCGAAGAAGAACGCGGCGAUCGAGAAAGCGGCCAAGGCGAAGGCGCUGAAGGAACAAAAAGCGAAAGACGCCGCGAAGCAGGCGAAGCGGGCGAGGAAGGACGCGUUGAAGAAGAAGAUGGCGCCCAAACCGGCUUUGAAGGCGAAAAAAGUCAAGGUCGUCGCGUUGAAGCCGAAGCCGAAGCCGAAGGCUGUCGUCGCGAAACCUCCCGCGGACCCGAACCCGCUGCUCGUGAAGACGCCGCCGAAGCCGCCGAGGCUCGAAACGAAGAAGCGGUCGUCCGCCGCCGACGCCGCGACGAACGCCAAAUCGUCGAAGACGACAAAAUCGUCGAAGACGACAAAGUCGAAGAACGCGAGAAGGCCCUCCUCCGCGAAGAAGACGACGCGCGGGAGGACCCAAAAGAAGAGCUCCCCGAUCGGAGGGUUCUUCACGUUUUCUCUCCUGUGCCUCGUGUACGCGGCGUACCUCGACUCGACGAAGAACGACUGAGGCUUCUGGAAUGGAGAACGGAGAAACGCCGACGCGUCACCGCGCGACGGACGGACGGACGGACGGACGGACGCGCAAAAAUACCCUACUUUCCGUACAGUAUAAUAUUACAGUAUAUUUACAACGU